AUGCGCGCAGACGCACAAAAAAGCGCCGCGGACGGCGGGCGCGCGCCAGCGGGUAAAAAUACCACUGCGCGUUCGCGUUCGCUAAUAGAGAAGGGCUCGCGGAGCACGCGCCUAGUGCGAUGCGUGUCUGCGAAUCGCGGGACGUUGGAACGGAAUUCCGACGGCCAACGCGUCACGGGGCUUCGUCGCGGACGCGGGCUCUAUUCCGGGCGCGUGCCGGCGCGGCCGCAUUGGCCAUUCAUUGACACGACAACUGCUCUGCGACUCGACUUU